AUGUCAACCUUCGACCUCAAACGACCCAUCAACAUCAGUGAAAAUCUUGAGCUCACCCGAAUCGGGCCCGGUCCCGGUUCCGGGUCCCAAAUCCGUCCUUCCGAACUUGAGUUUUCUGGAGUCCGGACGCCGUUGGUCACCAGAACCGGGAGGAAUUUAAUGGUCUCGGGCUCCCUGAACCGGAUAACGGAUCGGGUUCUGAGAAGGCACGCCAUGGGCCCGGCGGACUUGAGGCGGGUCGGAAAUGAGAAGAGCCACCGGCAGGAUUGUGGUGCAUUGGAGGUGGGAUUUCACGCCGUACAUGUCUUGGGGUUCUUCGCAGAGCAGGGUUAUGGUUGUGGUGCGUCGUUUGGUGCAUGA